UCAGCACAGUUCUCAACACCAGAUUGCUCUCGAUAUUAAUCUUCCACAUGUUCAGAUAUUCAGAUUAAGUCCUGUUCAAUCGGUUUGCAUGGUAGAAGGCUCUGAUGCUGGCAAACAGGUAUGUCUUUUAACUAUGCUAUUUUUGAACCAGACAUCUUAUUCCAGGGGAGUUGCUAUACAGUUUAGAAAUGAGGAAGAAAGUGAGGCCUUCCAUUGUAUAUUCCAACAAUGGAAGAAGGAACUCAAUGUUCAAGGAAGGAACAUACCAAAGGGAACUAAUGUAAUGACUUCAAAAAGCAAAUUUGAUGAGAAGAUAGAGCCAUCUUCUGCAAAAAUGUAUUUUCAUUAUUAUGGACAACUUCUUCAUCAGCAAAAUAUGAUGCAGGACUAUGUGAGGACAGGGACAUAUUAUGCUGCUGUUAUGGAGAAUCGCACUGAUUUCUUUGGUCGUGUAGUGGUUGAUGUUGGUGCUGGUAGUGGUAUUUUGUCAUUAUUUGCUGCUCAGGCAGGUGCAAAACAUGUUUAUGCAGUAGAAGCAUCUGAAAUGGCAGAAUACGCACGCAAACUUAUAGCUGGGAACCCAUUACUGGGUCAACGAAUCACAGUCAUCAAAGGCAGAGUAGAGGAUGUUGUAUUGCCAGAGAAAGCAGAUAUUCUGAUAUCCGAGCCCAUGGGCACCUUGUUAGUUAAUGAAAGAAUGCUGGAGUCUUAUGUUAUUGCCAGGGAUAGGUUCCUUACCCCUAAUGGCAAAAUGUUUCCUACAUCGGGAAGGAUUCACAUGGCACCUUUCAGUGAUGAAUAUUUGUUUACGGAAAUUGCUAAUAAGGGGCUGUUCUGGCAGCAACAAAACUAUUUUGGGGUUGAUUUGACGCCCUUACACUGGACUGCCUUUCAAGGAUACUUUUCUCAGCCUGUUGUGGAUGCUUUUGAUCCAAGGUUGUUAAUAGCUCCUCCUAUUUUCCAUGUGAUGGACUUUACCAAAAUAAAGGAAGAAGAGCUUUAUGAAAUUGACAUUCCUCUCAGAUUUAUAGCUGCAGUGGGUGCCCGAGUACAUGGUUUGGCAUGUUGGUUUGAUGUACUGUUCAAUGGAAGUACUGUGAAAAGGUGGCUUACCACUGCCCCUGGUUCACCGAUAACUCAUUGGUAUCAGAUACGCUGCGUUCUCUCCGAACCCAUAUAUGUCAUGGCAGGGCAAGAAAUUACUGGCAGGCUGCACUUGAUUGCCCACAGUGCACAGAGUUACACAAUCUAUUUAACAUUGUCAGCUAAAAUGUGGGGGCCUGGUGCUGAACAAGGAGGGAUUCUUCAAACAUCAUCCUGUAAACUUGAUUUGAAAGAACCAUACUAUAGAAUGUCUCAACCACAAGCUUAUCCAACAACCCAAGAUCAGCAACCUCAUCCAUUUUUACAGACACAGGAUGUAAAGAUCCAAUCUCAGGAUAUGGAUGACACAGUGAUAAUGCAAUAGCCUUCACCUACUUCAUGUGCUCAGGUUGACUCAUUUAUGUGGAAUUUACAAGUCAAUGAAUACUGCUAGCAUGUGCUUCUGAUUGUAACAUGAAUCAGCUAGUUGGGGGAAUGUGUCCGGCUUUAUUUGGACAUACCCCUUGCCUGUAAAUUAAUCAAAUUUGCAUCAGCUGUAUGUUGAGUGUUUGUGCUGAUGAUUUGUAUUUGAUUGCAUCAUAUUUCUUUUUAACUAAAAAUGUAAUAUGCCUAUGUGAAAGUUGAGAACUGCUGUAAAACUAUUAGAUUUUGAAUAUGCUGACAAUAAUAUCAGCUACAAUCCACAUAGAAAAAGGGGAACGCAAAACGUUUAGUGUCAAAAAGGAUAUUUUAUCAA